AUGCAUCGUUCAAGUGAUUUAACAGAUGAGCCGAGCCGUUUGAAACAAUUUGCAUGGGAGCAUUGGGAGAAUCAAUCCUUCGCUGUUCUACUUCGACCUGGUACGUAUGGUCUUGAUCGUUAUGUUGUCAAGCGUUAUGUUGAACAAGUCCUAGCACAAUCCGACCGAUGGAAACAAUUGUCAUUCUAUUUUUCUAAUAUUUCUUCACCAGUUCGUACUUAUAACAUAACUUCGUAUGAAGUCGAACUCAUGCAAAAAAUACUCGAAUAUCAUCUCAAUAACACGUUACAUUUACGUCCUAUCACUAUAACAGACCAAUUAAUCGAAUAUGAAGAUCUACUGGAUUUUAUUCGUCGUCUCCAAGAUGUUGCCGGCUCAUUGCCCAAAUCUUCGAGUAAUGUUCGUCCCAUACCAAGCAAAAAAACUAAUCCAGCAUCUAUACCAAGUAUUCAUACAUCUUACGUUGUACCUCCGUCAGCCAAAUCCCUGCUACCAUCAAUACAGAAAACGAAUCCGGUGAAGCCUAUACUCGCGAAACCAUCGCCAGUCUCAACCAAUACUGCGUCAACUUCGUCACAGUCAACUAAAUCUUCUAACUCGAAUGCACAAGUCAAUGGUUAUAAUACGUCCGAUUCAUCAUCCACGCGAUUUUCUUCCAGUAAUAUUCAAGUGAAACCUAAUCUUAUAUCUCCGCCAAGUACAAACACAACGCAUCUAACAGCACCUGCAUCAUCCAAUCAAUCUAGUCUUUCUAUACCAUCUGAACUUUGUCCAACUUCAUUGUAUCAUGCUAAGAUAGAUGGUAGUGGUUGGGUACAAAUUAAUAAUGUUUUCUUGCCGUUCAUAAUCAAAGAUCGUCAACAACUUAUUCCAUAUCAAGUACUUGUUUCAUGUAAAAUCCUUGAAGUCGAUGAAUUACGUUCUACACUAACUCGUGCGACGUUAGCGGAUGUUACGCUUAUGAAUCGAAUGAUUCGUGAUUGCAAAAUAAACAAUGAAGAGAUCGCCGAAAACGCGCCAUUGAUUAACGUUCGCCAUGUUUUAGUUGGAACAAAGAAUCUGAUUUAUAUUAAAAUCUUACCGAAAGAUAAUCCAACAUCCAGAAUCAACCGACAAUAUAAAACUGUGCUUGCAUUACGUGGUGGUUCUCUCUAUAUAACAAAUCGCACAGUGCCAUUUGUUUGCUCAAGUAAUCAUUCUUAUAUUCCAUUGAAUGCCGUAUUAAGUAUCUAUCCGUAUUUACAAAGUCAAUUAAAACCGUUAGCACGUGUGCCUCGCACUCACGAAUUAGAUUUUCUUCAACUUGUCCAGAUAUAUCAUGAUGAAAAAGAAUUACCAUCGGAUACCCUAUUGAUUGAUUUAGAAGAUUUAAAUCAAACGCAAAUAAUUCCUUCGAAGAAUAUGACGUUACUCGAACAUCAUACGAGAGAAAAGAAUAAACUCGAACAGCAAAUAGCUCUACUGAACAAUUCACAAACAAGCGCUACAAAUAAACGAAAGAGUUCGGAAACACACGAGAAUAACCAAACACAACAGAAGAUGCGAUCAACAGCAAACUAUCCGUCGCAAACACCACCAUCUAUUCCAACAUUCAUUCGGCCUCCAACGGGCUAUUUUCCAGCUCAACCACCACCACCAUCAUCCUUUACUCCACAAUAUCAACAAAAUCAUUGGCUAUCAUCGAACAACUAUGGACAGCGUGGAAGAGCUCGUUGGCACUAA